UCCGGUGUCACCUCUGGUAGGAACCAAUGAUCCGGCUCAUGGGCAGGUCGGAACUCACUGUGCGGACAAAGCGGAAGUUUAGACGGUUGCUCUGGGUGAACAGUGCUCAAAGCGUCGCAAAAAAACAAAAAAACAACUGUUAUUUCUCUCCCUUAGAAUAACCCAGUGUCCCCUUUCCCUCACCCAUGGCCUCCAAUUUAAAUAUAGAUAUCGAGGGUGCGACGCAGCAUCUCCGAGAUAUCCUCAAGCUCGACCGUCCCGGGAGCAGCGCCGAUGCUCAGUCCGGCGACGGCCAGCGGAAGCCGUCCUUCAACGGGGAGCUGAACGGGCUGCUGGGCGCCGGCCUGCUGGGGGGCACCGACCGCUCGGGCCUGUCCGAGUCCACCAGGCCCAUCUCCACGGACGUCAGCGUGGCAGAGGAGACGCAGGUCAUACGCCUGACGGGCGACGACGGCUCCACCUGCAUCCCCAUCACUUCCAGCAGCGUGGAGGUGGUGGCCAGCCAGGAGUCCAGCAUCAGCAGCAAGGCGCGCGGCAGCAACCAGGUUAAGAUCCAGCCUGUGGCCAAAUACGACUGGGAGCACAAGUACUACUACGGCCGGCUGAUCGCUGUGUCCAACUCCUUCCUGGCGUACGCCAUCAGAGGGGCCAACAACCACGCCAUGGUCCGGGUCCUGAGUCUGGACUUCAAUGAGCGGUCCCUCCUGAAGGGGUUCACGGGGGCCGUCACCGACCUGGCGUUCGCCCACAUCGACUCCUCGCUGCUGGGCUGUGUGGACGAGGCGGGAAACCUGAUGGUCUGGCAGCUCACCUGCACCGGCAGCAAGAUCCUAUGCUCCCUAACUCUCAGUGCUGGCAGAGAUCAGAUAGUGGUUCACAUCCAGAGGCCAGAGGACACUCCCCUGAACUCCCACCGCCGGCUCAUCUGGUCCCCCGUCAUCCUGGAAGACAACGAGGAGAACCAGGAGGACACCAGCCAGACGCUCGCCCUCCUCCAUGAAGACAGGGCAGAGGUGUUGGAGUUUGAAUUCCUCAGGACCAACAUCAGCAGUUGGCCCGUUAAUGCCGCAGAGCUCAAAGAGGGGCUGAUCACAGUGAAGGGCCACACAGGGCGGGUCAGUGAGGGCGUGUUGUCCCCCGACGGGACGGUGCUGACCACAGCCAGCCACGACGGGUACAUCAAGUUCUGGCAGAUCUACAUGGACGCCGGGCAGGAUAAGCCCAGAUGUCUCCACGAGCUGCAGCCCCACGGGGGGCGGCCCCUCUCCUGCCUCCUGUUCUGCGAUAACCACAAGCGGCAGGACCCAGAGUUAGUACCGCAGCGCUCCCAGAGGCUCCUUCAGGCCCGCCGCCCGCCUCCGGCCUCCCUCAUCCUCUCCUUUAUCACUGCGGCUGUUUGCAGGGUUCCUUUCUGGCGGUUCCUGAUAACGGGAGCGGAUCAGAACCAGGAGCUGAAGAUGUGGUGCACGGUCACCUGGAACUGUUUACAGACCAUCAGGUUCUCUCCAGAUCCGUUCAAUUCGUCGACUCUGCCAAGUCUGAAGGCCAGUUUGGACCUCUCAGCUGAAUAUUUGAUCCUCACUGACGUGCAGAGAAAGGUUCUGUAUGUGAUGGAGCUUCGGCAGGACCACGAGAAGGGAAAGGCCAGUUUUACCGCCGUGUCGGAGUUCCUGCUCACCUACCCGGCGCUCAGCUUCGGCGUGCGGGACGUCAGCCACACCCGGCUAAGGCACACCGAGGUCCUCCCUGCAGAGGAGGAGAGCGAGAGCCUGGCAGCAGAGGGAACUCAAGGACCCACAGAGUCCAAAUCUGGGAUCCAGAUCAAACUCUACUGUGUCCACACAAAGAGUUUGCAGGAUGUCCAGAUCUGGUUUCAGCCCAACGUUGAACCCAACGACGGCUCCAACUCGGCCGGCUUUCUCCCCCAUUCGGAUUCCCAGGACGGUUUCGACCACCUCACCGACCAGAGCUCCGAUAAGGAGUCUGGAAGCGGCUCCCAGACCGACCUGAGGAAGAUCCCCUCGCUUCCUGCUCCUUCUGACUUCCUGUCCAACUCUGGCACCGGCGGGCCGAUGCCCAAACUGAUGACCCCCGACGCCUUCAUGACCCCCACCAGCACCUCGGUUCCAGCGUCUCCAGGCAGCAGCGCCAGCAGUCUGACCAUCAUAACAGCCAUCAGCAGCAACUCCGACUCCACCAACCGCGGGCCCCUGGCCCUGGACGGCGCUGCGGUCCUGGACUCUCCGCUGCUGCCCCCGCUGGCCUCGCCCACGCGGGCGCGCUCCCCGGACGUGAUCUCGUCGGCCUCCACGGCGAUGUCCCAGGACAUGCCGGAGAUCGCCUCCCAGACCCUGCAGCUGCAGCGGGGUUUGGUGCCCAGCCUGGAGAGCCUGCCGCUGUCCGCCCUGCAGACCGACAGCAUGGCGUCCGCCGCCUCCGCCCUGCACCUGCUGACCUCGCCGCGCGCCGCCAGUGGCGGCAGCCUGCUGCCCCUGGAGCUGGGGGGUGGAGACGCCCCGGGGGGCGCCGCCGAGCCGGAGCCCCGGCUCAGCAACACGCCGUCCCUGCUGGAGAACGCUCUGUCCCAGGAGAGCCCGGCCGGGGGGGGGGGCUGCGGACGGCGGCGUGGGCCACACGCCGUGGCCGGCGGCCCCAGACAUCACCAGGGAGACCAGGAACAGCCUCAGGGACAACGGCCUCGGAGACUGGUCAGUCCCCGAGUCCAGCAAACGCCCCCAAUCACAGCCGGGGGUUCCAGAGAGGACGCGAAGGACAGACACCUGGGCUCACCGUACCACCGGCGCUCCUUCCACCUCACACAAAACGACAGUCCGGACGGCGCCGCCGAGCAAAGUGACCCAGAUGACGAGGUGGCCAGUCUGGCGUCCUCCUCUGGAAACUGCGGCUCUCACGCGUCUCACAGACUGCCGGUGAAAGACUGGAAGUCGUCCCCACGGGGCUCCCCAAAGAUGAAGAGGAAGAUGAAGAAGGACAAGGGUGAAUCCUCUCAGUCCCGACAGAUGGAUUCUAAUCAGUUUCUCUCCAUCUUCCUGCAGUUUAACGCUGAAACUCAGGAGGAGCUGCUGAUGCUGCUGCGCGCCCAGCAGAGGGAGCUGUCCGAGCUGUGGGGGCAGGUGGAGACCAUGCCCAGCACCAUCAUGUCUCAGCUGGAGCACCUCCUGAUCAAACAUCAGGAGCACGAGCACCGCAGACUAGAGCGAGUUCUGGCAGAGAGUCAGAACCACCAGCAGCAGCUCCAGGAGCAGCUCGGCCAGCAGCUCGGCCACGCCCUCAGCUCGGCGCUCAGCAACAGGAUGGACAAAGUGCUACGAGAGGAGCUGAAGAAAACCGUCCCACAGACCAUUUCGAAGAGCCUGGAGCCGGUGACGGGCCAGAUGAACAGCACCAUCGCCGCCAAGCUGACCGCCGUCGAGGUCACCCUGAAGGACAACGUCAGCAAGGUGGUCAAGUCCAAGAACACCACAGACGCCAUCGGGCGAGCGGCGGCCGAGGCCAUGCAGGGCCCCAUCCAGGCGGCCUACAAAGACGCCUUCCAGAGCAUCGUGCUGCCCGUCUUUGAGCGGGGCUGCCAGUCCAUGUUCCAGCAGAUCAACGACAGCUUCAAACAAGGCACACAAGAAUACAUCCAGCAGCUGGAGGCGCACAUGAACAGCAGAAAGCAGCGGGAGCAGGAGGCGCGGGACCCCGUGGUGGGCCAGCUCCAGCAGGCCAUCGACGGCUUCCAGAGCUCCACCGAUCAGCUGGCCAGCAGCGUGGGCGCCGCCGUGCGGGCAGAGGUCCAGCACCAGAUGCAGAUGAUGGUGGGAAAAGGCAUCGAUCUGAUGGCUCUGACCGUCGUCCCUCUCUUUUGUGGACGUGUUGCACAUCAGCAGAAGCCUGAGCUGCGCAGCCUUUUGAGCAGCCUGCAGGAGUCCAUCCUCAGCCAUGUGCAGCGCAUCGUCAAAGGGGAGGUGAACCUGGCCAUGAAGGAGCAGCAGGCGGUGGUCACCUCCAGCAUCAUGCAGGCCAUGAGGUCGGCGGCGGGCACGCCCGUCCCCACGGCCCACCUGGACUACCAGACGCAGCAGGCCAGCAUCCUGCAGCUGCUGCAGCAGGGCCAGCUCAACCAGGCCUUCCAGCAGGUGACGCAUGAGGGCCGCCACGCUCAGACCAUCACAGUCUGGGGGGGUACAGGGGCUCUGUCGGCCACUGACCUGAACCUGGUUCUGUACGUGUGUGAGACCAUCAACUCCCAGCAGGUGUUCGGGCAGCACCCCUGCCCCCUCAGCCAGCCCGUGCUGCUGUCCCUCAUCCAGCAGCUCUCCUCCAACCUCGCCACCCGCUCAGAGCUCAAGAUCAGACGGCGGCUAGCUCGCUGCCCCGGCCGCUCCUCGCCGCCGGGCUCCGGCUGCACAGCCACAUCAGACCGGCUCUCUGUUCUCCGCCUGUCCUCGCUCCGCUACCUGGAGGACGCGGUCCUGCACCUGGACCACAGCGACCCGCUGACCCGGGACCACAUGGCGUCGGUGCUGGCUCAGGUCCGGCCGAAGCUCAUCGCCUUCCUGCAGCAGGACCCUCACAGCCCGCUCAGCAAGAGGGCGCGGCGCCUGGUGAUGAUGCUGCAGGGCAUUUUCAACCUCUAGGAGGCCCCGCCCCCCCGCCGCCGCCCCCCCCACACUCCUCC